AUGCUCAGUACGCGAGAGACCAACGGCAAGACUGCCACGAGCCGGGAUCGCGAGAUACCCAACCAUAAUGACCUGGUUGACUACAACUACGCCGUCGCCGGACAUGCGGGAACCAUGUGCGACGCCGACGGAGAGCUGUUUAUCAAGCCAUGCACCCAGUCCGAGGUCGAUUUCUAUGAGUCGGCGCAUACCCUUCAUCCUGAAUUUGCCGAGAUAAUGCCACUGUACAUCGGUACCCUCUCGCUCAACGAGACCAGUGACGAGACCUCUAUACACGAACAGAUACCCGAUCUCGUGGAGCAAGCCGACAUACCAUCGCCCAUAAGAAGGGAGAUACAGUCGCACCUCCAUCUCGAAGAACGGCAAGCCAUUCUCGAAGCGCACGCCGGAAAGGAUGAUAGCAGCGCGGAAGUCAAGUGGGUACCCAACAAGACGAGGAAGAUCGCCACGGAUAAGGCUGUCGUUCUGGAGAACGCUUCCUUUGGCUACAAGAAGCCAAACAUCAUGGACGCCAAGCUGGGCGAACGGCUAUGGGCAGAUGAUGCGCCCCCGGAGAAGAAGAAGCGCUUCGCCAAGAUCGCAGCUGAGACAACACACAAGAACUUUGGGUUCCGCGUCGCCGGCAUGAGGGUUUACCAAGGAUCAACAGAAAAGUCCGAAUUAGACAAGGAAGGCUACCGGAUCUACGACAAGGACUGGGGACGGUUCACGGUGAACGAUGACAAUCUCAUUGGUUCAUUCAAGAAAUUCAUCUUCAACGAGGCUGCUGGCAUUGACAAGCACCUUGGCAAGGUAAUAGCUGGAGCGUUUGCCACGGACCUUCGGAGGGUGGUAGAAGUGCUGGAAAGUGUUGAAAGCUGCAUGUACUCGGCGAGUGUGCUCCUCGUGUUCGAGGGAGACGGAGACGCGCUCAGGGCGGCCAUCCAGGAAGCGAAAGCCGGUGUCUCUGCUGGCAUCGGUAUGGACGAUGAAGAACUCCGCAAGGCUUCGAUGCCGGUGGACAUGGAUGAGUUGGAAGACGACUCGGAGGACGAGUCAAGUUUCCCACGGAUAUACUCGGUGAAGCUGAUCGAUUUUGCACACGCCGCGUGGACGCCCGGUCGAGGGCCCGAUGAGAACGUGCUGAAGGGCGUUAGGAGUCUCGUCGAUAUCUUUGACAAGAUGUCGCAAUAG